UUGAAAGGUGGAGGGUAUUCAUAUAUUGUGAACAAUGGUGAGGCUUGAAGUCAACUGCACUAAGCGAUCCUUUGUAUUGAAAAUUGAUUUACGUGUUACGCAGCAAACCUUACGCAAUUUAACAACACAUCUCGAUUGGUCAAGUAACAUCCGAGGAGGCGGGGUCUUGAAGAUACGGCAUGCGGAAGCGUGCCUGCAUUAUAACAUUUGACAACACUUGAACUGUGCAACAUGUGGCUCGCUGUUGUCAUAAUCUGUUUAGCUUUACUUGCUAUUCUUCUCAAAUAUGUGUUGGGAACUGGACCGAACCCUUUUGACAUCGACACCCGCGACGCGCCUAAACCCAUGGUGUUCGAUCGUAAGGUGAAGAAUAAAGUUUUAAAGCAAGGCUUUCUGGCAACUAGGAUCCCUCAGGACUUGGACGCAGUAGUUGUUGGCAGUGGCAUUGGUGGAUUGGCAAUUGCUGUCCUGUUGGCUAAAGUAGGUAAAAGGGUUCUGGUUUUGGAGCAACAUGACCGGGCUGGAGGGUGCUGUCACACCUUCGCAGAGCAGGGCUUUGAGUUUGAUAUUGGCAUACACUAUAUUGGCGAGCUGCUGGAUCAUAAGCCAAUGCGCUGCAUUGUCGAUCAACUGACCAAUGGACAAUUGCAGUGGGAGCCAUUGGAUAACCCCUAUGACCAUGUGGUUUUGGGCCCCCCGGAGGACCGUCGCAUUUACCCCAUCUACAGUGGACGAAAACGCUUCCCAGACGAACUGAAGAAAUGCUUCCCAGGGGAGGAGAAGGCCAUUGAUGAAUAUAUGAGACUUACCAAGAAAGUUGGGGGUGGUGUGUGGUUCAUGGUGCUGCUGAAGCUCGUACCAGUCCCUCUUGCAAAGUUCCUGGUGCACACAGGUCUGGCCAAUCGUAUCUCUUCCUUCUUCCGCUAUGCCUCCCGCAGCCUGACCGAGGUGGUGAAUGAGCUCACACAAAAUAAAGACCUGAGAGCUGUGUUCUGCUACAUCUUUGGAACCUACGGUAAAAUGCCCAAAGACUCAAGCUUCUCCAUGCACAGUCUGCUUGUGCGGCACUAUCUGAAUGGUGCCUGGUACCCGAAAGGUGGCGCUAGUGAGAUUGCCUACCACAUGAUCCCCAUCAUUGAGAAGGCGGGAGGAGCAGUGCUUGUUAGAGCACCUGUCAACCGCAUACUUCUGAAUGACGCUAAAGAGGCUAUUGGUGUGAGUGUUCUGAAGGGCCAGGAGGAAGUGCACAUACAUGCUCCCAUGGUGAUUUCAGAUGCUGGAAUCUUAAACACUUACCAGAAUCUUCUACCCAAAGAUGUGCAGGCCAUGCCUGCGAUCCAGAAACAGCUGAGUAUGGUGCAGAGUGGUGACGGUGGUCUCAGUGUCUUCAUUGGUCUGGAAGGGACAAAAGAGGAGCUGGGUCUAAAAGCAGACAAUUACUGGAUCUUUUCUGAGAACAACUUGGAUGACCUAGUGGAGGGCUACAUGAAGGGGAAAAGAGAAGAAUCUGUUAAGAACAUCCCUCUGAUUUUUGUCGCCUCACCCUCUGCCAAAGAUCCCACCUGGGAGGAGAGAUCCUCAGGUAAAUCCACCCUGACUGUUGUUAGCUUUGCUGACUAUGCAUGGUUUGAAGAGUGGAAGGAUGACAAAGUGAAGAGCCGAAAUGCAGAUUAUAAAGAAUUGAAGGAGACCCUCAUCAAUACUAUUUUGGAGAUGGUGACUCAGAUCUAUCCUAAGAUCAAGGACAAGAUUGUAUACGUUGAUGCAGGGACCCCAAUCACGAAUCAACACUACAUCGCCGCUUCUAAAGGCGAGAUAUAUGGUAUAGAUCAUUGCCUUUCUCGCUUUACUGUAGAAAUGAACGCCACCAUCAGACCACAGACUCCUAUUAAAAACCUCCUCCUCACUGGUCAGGACGUAAUGUUAUGCGGCUUCGCCGGAGCGUUGGCAGGGGCGCUGACGUGUGGUUCGGUCAUUCUGAAUCGCAAUCUUCACCUGGAUAGCAUCGCUCUUGCUAAGAAGGUUAAGAACAAGAACAAGAAGAUAGAAUAAGUAGUUUGUAAUCCAGCCCAGUCAGAAUCAGAUGACUUUUAAUUGAAGGACAAUUCUGGUAAAAACGUUUAGAUGUUGUUGAGCGUGCUGCAGUCUUUAUGGGUGAGUGAUUCCGACAGAAUGAAUGACGUUUUUGAUUCUCUGGAAUUUUCCGAAGGUGUGGAUUCUGUGUGGGCCUACACAUGACUACUUAAGUGUGCUGCUUCAUAAUCAUUGCCCAGAGCUAUCAGAUAUGACUCACAGAGGACAGAGGUUAUCUUUGAGAUUAAUGGAAUAUUAAUAAACUACUACUGAAAACACAACAUCCGUUUUAUUAAUUGUGUCUAAUUUGUAAUAAUGUCAUAAAUCUUGAAUUUACAUGGAGGAAACCAUUAAAGGGAGACAAAUUAGUUUAAUCUUUUUUAAUCUUCCUGUUCAUCAAUAUGUGAAAUACUUUAAACGGGCACUUAGCACAGACUGCAUGCAAACUGGAGUUUACUAAAUAAAUGUUAUGCACUUUAAAUGUGUGAGAGUGUUAAUGCAGUGUUUUAUAAAGGGUUAUAUCCUGCUGUCUUAUCAAAUUAUGAUUCUAUUUGCACAUGUGCCCUUUGACAACUACGCGUUUUGCUUACUGUAAGUGAUUUUUCAUAAAAGAAUGAAACUGAGUAUUCAAUAAAGUUUUUUUAAUACUG